GGCGCACGCAAGUCGGACAAUUAUGGCUGCAGGACAAGCAUUGAAAGCGGUGAAGGCUCUUGUGCAUUCAGCUCGCACUGUGAUUUCUGGCGAUUUAUCUUUCUCUGUAUCACUGGCAAUGCAGCGUGUGACUCAAGCUACUGACAACUUGGCGGAGCUUCUGACUGCAGGGCGAUAUUACGGCACUUCAACGGCUGCUGGUUUGGAAGUUGAUCCUCGCUUUCUGGUUUUCGAGGCCGUAUUUGAUCUGAUGUUGCGGAAACGGCAGGUCGAGAUGGUGACAUGGUUUCAAGCAUCCUUGGAGCAAGGUGUAAGCAGAGUGCAGCAAAUGAUUAUGGGGGCGGGUAAAACGACUGUUGUGGGACCUCUACUGACGCUUCUUUUGGCAGACGGGCAGCAGCUCGUCACGCAAGUGAUGCCUACGGCUCUACUCGAGCAGACUCGGUCUAUCAUGCGCAGCCGCUUUGGCCAAAUCAUAACUAAGCGAGUCUACACCUUGGAAUUUGAGCGCAGUGUCGACGAUGACGUUGAACUAGUUGCUGAAAUCUUUGGCAAGCUAGACGCAGCACGUCGUAGGCGCAGCGUCGUUUGCACGUCCCCUGAGGCAAUCAAAAGCCUGCUUUUAAAAUUUGUGGAACACCUGCAUGCUCUGGAGCAGGUCGAGGCGAGCGACCUGACGUUUGGGGAGUCAGCUCGGGCCAAUCGUGAGAUAGGUCGAGUGCGGGAGGCCUUGCAGUGCAAAUCCGACAUGGCAGACGCGAUAGUACGUGUGCUGGACAUGUGGCGUGGUGGUGUGCUGAUCAUGGACGAGGUGGAUCAACUUCUGCAUCCACUGCGAUCGGAGCUCAAUUUCCCCAUUGGUGCGAAAGAUCCCAUUGACAUGGCCGGUUACCGAUGGGACUUCCCCAUUUUUCUUAUAGAUGGUCUUUUUAGUGCCGCAGAGGGUCACCCUCUAUCAGAGCGCCUCAAUCCUCAGAUGUCAACCCGAAUAAAUUUCGGUGCUCAAGCAAUAUUGGACGACUUGAGGGAUGCCGUCGCUGAAGGCUAUUCGCAACAUGCUCUGCAACGAAGUCCGCACAUGAUUCUGCUUGAUAAGGCCUUUUACGAAGCUCGACUGAAGCCAGCAUUGGCUAAAUGGGCAUUGUUAUGGAUUGCCGAGCGCUUC